AUGUCGUCUUCAUCUCCUGCCACCAACACUGACGCCGCCAAUACCUGCACGGUCCCCAUUUUCCCAGAUCAGACACCCUCGUACAUCCUCUCGUUUCAAUUCUCGUCCUGGUACCCAAUCUUCUCAGAUGUCAGCAUCAAAUCCACGAUAAUCAAGCCUCUCUCGGCUCAGUUCAGAGAGUACCUCGAAUCGGAGAGCGUUUUUGUACCAGAAGGAUCUGAAGAUGUUCCUGCUGAGAGUACACUCUCCGACGACGACAAAGACGAGAGCGAAAACGGGGAUGAGGAAGAGAAAGGCUCCCCACCACCGACCUACUCCUUCCCAGAACUAGACACCCAAAUCAGAGCCUGCAUCCAAAAAUACGAUGCCGUCUUUCCCAAACUCAAUUUUACUUCUCCGCGCGACGCAGCAUGGGUCCUCCCAGCUUCCUCCCCUCUUAAAUGCACAUCACCUGCAGAUGUGUACAUGUUACUCAAAUCCUCUGAUUUCAUUUCGCACGAUUUGGAACCUAGUAGCGUAUUCGAGGGGUGCCGCAAAUACGAACAUGGUCCCGAAGGAAAGGACGAGGGAUCAUGGCCCCACUACGACUUGGAAUUAGUACUGAGAAAGUGGUACGCAGUCAACCCAAGUCGCGAGUUGCGCUGUUUCGUACGGGAUGGCAGAUUAAUCGGCAUAUCGCAAAGAGAUACAAACCAUUACGACUUCUUAAACGAACCAUCCACAAAGGACAGGAUCCUCACCGCAGUCAAAACCUUCUUUGAAACCAAAGUCAAACCUCGGAUCCCAAAUCAACUCGACUACACUUUCGACUUUUUGCUAACAAAAGACCUUUCGCGAGGUCACAUCAUCGACUUUAACCCUUACUCACCCCGCACCGACUCCCUGCUAUUCUCAUACGAAGAUCUCCGGGACAUCGCUUCAUCCUCACCACCAGACCACAUCGAGUUCCGGACCAUCGAUUCUGCAUCCCAUCCUGCCGCGGUCAGAAACGCGCCAACCCACCAACACAACAUGAUGCCCCUCGAAGCCAUUCACCUCAGCAGCGGCAAGAGCAUCGAAGAAUUCGCUGAGGCCUGGCAAGACCAACUGCAAAAAAGCAUGACGGACGAUUCUUGA